AUGAGCGCCACUGAUCUUUAUCUUCUCCAUGCCAAUGCCGUUCCGCUCACGGCUGACGGAAGAGUGCUCCAUCUCGAGUUGCGGUCCGGCGAAGUGGCCAACAACAUCGUCACGGUCGGAAGCGAGGGGCGCGGCGAGAUCCUUGCGUCACUCUUGGACGGCACCACCACUACCGCCGCCGGCACCCCGAAGGAUGACAACAACGACAACAUCAACGACCACGACAACAAUACCAAAAACGGCAGUAGUAGCACAACAACAACAACCACCAGGCGAAGCAAGCGGGGCUUCGUUACCCACACGGGGACCUACAACGGAGUGCCCGUGUCGAUCGUGCUGAUAAACAUGGGCUACCCAAACAUGGACUUCUUCGUGCGGGAGGUGAGGGCGGUGACGACGGGACCACUCCGCAUCGUCCGCCUCGGGUCUUGCGCCGGAUUGCGCCCCGACCUGCCCGUCGGCAGCGUGGCGGUUGCGAGCGAGGGCUCCGUGAUGAUUCGCCAAAAUCCGGACGCUUGGGAAGGGACGGCCGCGAGAGGAGAAACCCAAGGCGAGCCGUACCUGUUCCACGGGGUGGCCCCCGCAGACGAAGAGCUGUCCGAAGCGUUGCUGAAGGAACUCAAGCGCUCGCUGGAUGGCAAGGCGGGCGGCAGCGACGGUGGUGGUGGGACGGCCGUGGUGGGAUGCUUGAAUGCCUCGGCGGACAGCUUCUACAGCAGCCAAGGCCGUCUCGACCCAAGCUUCGAAGACCGCAACAGCGAUAUCUUGUCGAGUUUGCUAGAGCGACACCCCUCGGCGGGGAGCUUCGAGAUGGAGACGUUUCAGCUGCUGCACCUCGCUCGCCUCUGUCGAAAGAGCAAGGUGCAGGCGUCGGCCGCAACCAUAGUGCUUGCCAACCGGAUCGCAGACGAUGCUAUCGCAAUCGACAGGAUCUCACGGAUCGAGCGCGCAGCGGGGGAGGCCGCCUUACGAGCCGUCACGUCCUUCGGUGACCCCUGA